GGAUUUCUAUUCUCCUAUUUAUUAGUCGCCGCAUUUAUUAAGGCACAAUCUUCGACUCAUUUACUUGGACAAGUCAUUCGACGAUAUCCCAACUACCUACUUUUCAUGGGCUAACGGAAAGUUAUUUCAUUUCAGAAUGGGUCUUUGGCUUCAGGCCCCUUUGGUUUUGUUAUGCAUAGUGAUCUUGGUUUCAUCGGUGCCUACAUCAAUACAAAAACACGAGUUUGAAGAAAAUGAUUCCUUUGACAGUCAACUGAUAGAGGAUAACAGAUCACAUUUUCGAGGACGCCAGUCUGGUAACAGGCUUGAAUCUGAUAAAAAUGAUUCAUUACCUGGUGAAAGACGGUCACGUAGGCGUCGCAGAAAACAUAACCGAAAUUGUGAACAACCAGGCCAAUGUCCUGAAGGUGGUGCUAAUUGGAGACGGCCACAUAGACGUGGAAAAAAACAUCGUACACGAUGCAGUGGUGAUGGCGAUUGUCCUGAGGGUCAAAUGUGUAAGGAACGUCGUCACAGAGGAGGACGUAAACAUCAAACACGUGGUGCUCCGCCACCUUCCGGCAGUCUAUCUCCAUCCUCACAUAGUGGACUAAAAGUUGGGAAGAAAUUUUGUCGUGAGAGAAAAAGUGGAGUACAUAGAAGAUCAGGAAUCCUGUAAUUCGUAUCAAGGAACAUUAUCAUCAGUAUUCAAAGGAACUUCGUUUAUACUAUUCAUAUAUAUAUAUCCUAAUAUUUCCUUAUUUAUUGUUUUCCUGUUUUUUUUCUAUAGAAAUUUGUCCGUCUAUCUUCGAACUGACUUUUAUUCGAAAAGUAUGUAACACUACAUUCACCCAUUCAUCCAUAUACUCAAUUUAAUCCAUUGCAAAAAAAAGUAACUUUACUUAUUGUGUUUGCGAUCCUAUUUCAUGUUUUAUCAACUCAUUCAGUCAUUAAGCAUUUAAUUCCUUAUCCACACUGCUCGAUUUUACCCUUGCAAUUUUACUCAGUUUUUUCGCUUGUUUUUGUUUAUAUUUUGCCUUAACUGGUCUUUUUUGUCAUUGAAAUGUGUGUGUGUGUGUACACGUAUGUAGUUUUGUUUCUUAUAUUUGCUUUUAUUACAGUUCUCAGUAAUUUCCGAUGGGAAAUAUGAAUUACUCAAUGUUGCCAAUAUGAAAAAUACACGAUAAAUCCUUGUUAUU